CUAGCCUCCCGGCGGCCCCUGCGACGGGCGUACGUAAGGAACUGCCUGGCGGCGGCCGUUCUCCGUAAGAUGGCUGACCGGCGGCGGCAGCGCGCUUCGCAGGACACAGAGGACGAAGAGUCUGGUGCUUCCGGCUCCGACAGCGGCGGUUCCCCGGCUCGGGGCGGCGGGGGCUGCAGCGGUAGUACUGGAGGCGGCGGCAGCGGUUCUCUGCCUUCCCAGCGCGGAGGCCGAGCUGGGCCCCUUCAUCUGCGGCGGGUGGAGAGCGGGGGGGCCAAGAGCGCCGAGGAGUCUGAGUGUGAGAGUGAAGAUGGCAUCGAGGGCGAUGCUGUUCUCUCGGAUUAUGAAAGUGCAGAAGACUCAGAAGGUGAAGAAGGGGAGUACAGUGAAGAGGAAAACUCCAAAGUGGAGUUGAAAUCAGAAGCCAAUGAUGCUGCUAAUUCUUCAGCAAAAGAAGAGAAGGGAGAAGAAAAGCCUGACUCCAAAGGCACUGUGACGGGGGAGAGGCAAAGUGGGGAUGGACAGGAGAGCACAGAACCUGUGGAGAACAAAGUUCCCAAGCACUUGGAUGACGACGAAGAUCGGAAGAACCCUGCAUACAUACCCCGGAAAGGGCUCUUCUUUGAGCAUGAUCUUCGAGGGCAAACUCAGGAGGAGGAAGUCAGACCCAAGGGGCGUCAGCGAAAGCUGUGGAAGGAUGAGGGUCGCUGGGAGCAUGACAAGUUCCGGGAAGAUGAGCAGGCCCCAAAGUCACGACAGGAGCUCAUUGCUCUUUAUGGAUAUGACAUCCGUUCAGCUCACAAUCCUGAUGACAUCAAACCCCGAAGAAUCCGGAAACCCAGGUUUGGGAGUCCUCCACAAAGAGAUCCAAAUUGGAUUGGUGAGCGACCAAACAAGUCUCAUCGCCACCAGGGUCCUGGGGGGACCCUACCACCAAGGACAUUUAUCAAUAGGAAAGCUGCAGGUACAGGUCGCAUGUCUGCUCCCAGGAACUACUCUCGAUCUGGGAGCUUCAAGGAAGGUCGUGCUGGAUUUAGGCCUAUGGAGACUAGUGGACAGCAUGGUGGCCGGUCUGGUGAGACUGUUAAACAUGAGAGUAGUUACCGGUCACGGCGCCUGGAGCAGACUCCUGUGCGGGAUCUGUCUCCAGAAGCAGACGCUGAAGUGCUUGGCAGUCCUGAGAAGGAAGAGGUGGCCUCAGAGAUACCAGCUCCUGCUCCUGCUCCUGACACUGCACCACCGCCCCCUGACAGACCUAUUGAGAAGAAAUCCUAUUCCCGUGUAAGAAGAACCAGGAUCAAAGCUGGAGAUGCGGUCAAGAUUUCAGAGGAGAUGCCCCCUCUACCUGAAGGGCUGACCCCCACACCUCAAGUUCCAGAAACUACUCCUUCACCUGCUAAGACUGGGAACUGGGAGGCUCCAGUGGAUUCUACUACAAGUGGACUUGAGCAAGACGUGGCACAACUGAAUAUAACAGAACAGAAUUGGAAUCCAGGGCAACCUCCAUUUCUACAACCACGCGAACUUCGGGGUAUGCACAACCACAUACACAUGGGAGCAGGACCUCCACCUCAGUUUAACCGGAUGGAAGAAAUGGGUGUCCAGGGUGGGCGAGCCAAACGCUAUUCAUCUCAGCGGCAGAGACCUGUGCCAGAGCCCCCGGCCCCUCCCGUGCAUAUCAGUAUCAUGGAGGGACAUUACUAUGAUCCACUGCAGUUCCAGGGACCAAUCUAUACCCAUGGAGACAGCCCUGCGCCACUGCCUCCUCAGGGCAUGAUUGUACAGCCAGAAAUGCACCUUCCCCACCCAGGUUUACAUCCCCAUCAGACACCAGCACCUCUGCCCAAUCCGGGCCUCUAUCCUACACCAGUGUCCAUGUCUCCAGGACAGCCACCACCUCAGCAGUUGCUCGCUCCUACUUACUUUUCUGCUCCAGGAGUCAUGAACUUUGGUAAUCCCAGCUACCCUUAUGCUCCAGGAGCACUGCCUCCUCCACCACCUCCUCAUCUAUAUCCUAAUACACAGGCCCCAUCACAGGUAUAUGGAGGAGUGACUUACUAUAACCCCGCCCAGCAGCAGGUGCAGCCAAAGCCCUCACCACCCCGGAGGACUCCCCAGCCAGUCACCAUCAAGCCCCCACCACCUGAGGUUGUAAGCAGGGGUUCCAGUUAAUAUGAAUUUCUGAAUAUUUUAAAUCUAACAUGAUAUAAAAAACAGCAAAGGUGAGAACCCAGGAAAGAAGAGAAAUACAGCUGGCUGUCUACUACCAGGAGGGCUUCAAAGAUAAAGGGUGGCUCCUACCAGCAAGCAGCUGAAUGAGGAGGACCCCUGGCUCCCUCUGAGGACAGGCUCUGUUAGAGACAGGGAGAAACAAGUGGACUUCCUACUGUCUCCACUCUCUGCUGGAGUUAGCUGUGCUCAGAGGAGCAGAGAUCAGACAGCCCACAUCUAGUCUACAUCUAGAAAACCCAGGUUUUUGGCUCUUCUUCACUUGUCCUGGGAAAUUCAAAUGUCUUCUGCUGCUCCCAGGGAAGCUCCUUCCUGUUUGUUUUGUCUCUCUUUCUCUCUCUCUCUCUCUCUCUCUCUCUCUCUCUCUCUCUCUCUCUCCCCCCCUCCCUCCUUCCCACCCCCACCCCCGCCUUUAAAUGAAAAAAGUUCAUUUUUCUGGUUUGCUGGCUCCUCUGGUUCCCUUUUGGUUCUUCCCUACAGUGCAGAUAAUUGAGAAUUGCCAGCUGGUCUUUUCCCACCAGAUCUACAGAGAGCUGGCCUUUCACUUUUGGUUGGACUUUGUUAUAUACUUGGAUUCUCUUAACUUCUCUAAUCUCAAAGUUUGUGGUAGGAGCCCUUCUUCUUGACUUCAGUUUUUAGGAGCCUGAGUCUCCGUCAUUAGUCUCUGGUAGUCUUCAGGCCUCUACUGAGGAUAGAGUCUGUACAGUGGGGAGCGAUGGCAAAUCAGUGUUUUUGUGAGAAAGGGAGGGUGGAGUGAGAGCCUUUGCACCUUAGGGAUAUGUAUUCACACAGUCCUCAGGGCUCAGUCUUUGAGGUAAGUGGAAUUAGAGGACCCUGCUUUUCUUAUUUCCACCCCUCCUAACACACUCCUUUUCCAGUUGCUGUGGACCAAUGCAUCUCUCUAGAGGCAGAUAUUAUCCAGCAAGCAAUCUAUCUAUCCUGUCCUUUAUACUUGCUCUUUUUCAUGUAUUGUCUGCUGCAAGUGUUUUAGGUGUUACUACCUUAUUUUCCUAUAGUUCUACUCCUGUCCUUGCAAGCAGAAGAAGGUACAGCACCUGGGCUUAAGGCCUAAGGAAGCCAGUCACUUUUGCGGCAGGGGCUCCUUUCCUCCCUAUCCACGGCACUGAACCACUUUCCUGCUGCCUCUGCAGAAGAGAUUCCUAUUAUUGCAGCACUUGUGUCUGCCAAGGGUACCUUGGCCACUGUCUCUGUCCUUCUACAGAACUUGAGGGAGAAGGUGGCAGCUAUGUCUCUCCCCAAGUAAUGUCACUGUUUGUAUUCCUUCUCUUAAGCAGCUGGCCUGACCGCUCUUGAGUCCAUAGUAUGUGGGAGGGAGGAGAGGCACUCAAGCUGUAACCCUAAAGGAGGAAAUAUCUAAGAGAUUCUUCCAGGGGUAGCUGGUGGUUGUGCCUGUGGUAGGCUCUUCCCUUUGCCUUAAACCUGAAGAUGUCUCCUCAAGCCCGUGGGCAGCAUGCCCAGAUUCCCAGACCUGAAGACACUGUGACAGUUGUCUAUGUUGGUCCACUGUGUUUCGUUGCAAGAAUUUCUUGUUGUUGUUACUGUUUUAAAAGGUACACAUUUGUGAUCAGUAUUGUGACUUGACGAUAAUAAAAUUUAGACUGUAAACUUG